AUGGAAAACCAGGGGAGAAUUUUGAUGCAGCGUUACGAGCUAGGAAAAUUGCUCGGCCAGGGCACGUUUGCAAAGGUCUACCAUGCCCGAAACCUGAAAACCAAUAAAAGUGUUGCUGUGAAGGUGAUUAGCAAAGAGAAGGUGAUGCAGAAUGGUUUGAUUGACCAAAUCAAACGAGAAAUCUCUGUGAUGAGGCUGGUUAAGCAUCCGAAUGUGGUUCAACUUUAUGAGGUUAUGGCUAGCAAGACUAAGAUUUAUUUUGCCAUGGAGUAUGUUAAUGGCGGCGAGCUUUUUGAUAAGGUUGCAAAAGGGAGGUUGAAAGAAGAUGCCGCUAGAAAAUAUUUCCAAUCAUUGGUCGCAGCCGUCGAUUUUUGCCAUAGCCGUGGUGUCUACCAUCGGGGUCUCAAGCCAGAGAACCUCCUCCUUGACAAAUCAGGAAACCUUAAAGUUUCGGAUUUUGGAUUAAGUGCUUUGGUUGAUUCUAAAAGGCAAGAUGGUCUUUUGCACACAACGUGCGGAACACCGGCUUAUGUAGCUCCUGAGGUUAUUCACAACAAAGGUUAUGAUGGCGAAAAGGCAGAUAUUUGGUCAUGUGGGGUGAUCUUGUUUGUUUUGCUUGCUGGUUAUCUUCCAUUCAGUGAUCCUAAUUUGAUGAGAAUGUAUAGAAAAAUUAGUAAAGCGAACUUCAAAUGCCCAAAUUGGUUCCCUCCUGAGGUCAAGAAAUUGCUUUCAAAAAUUCUUGAUCCCAAUCCUGAGACAAGGAUAUCGAUAGCUAAAAUCAUGGAAAAUCCUUGGUUUCAAAAGGAAUUCAAGAAAAUUGAGACCUACUAUGUGCCACGAAAGAGAGCAAUUAAAAAAAAUUCCUCCAAUUUGGGUACUUUGAAGCCUACUAGAAUGAACGCAUUCGAUAUCAUAUCACUUUCCCCAGGGUUCGAUCUUUCUGGUUUAUUUGAGAACAAUGUUCCAAGUAAGAAAACAGAGGCACGUUUCACGACCAAAAAAUCAGCAUCAGCAAUCAUGUCGAAACUGGAAGAAAUGGCUUCAACGGAGCAGCUUCAGAUUGUGAAAACCCUAGACGGGACAGUGACGAUGCAAGGGUGCAAAGAGGGGAGAAAGGGGCAGUUGGCCAUACGUGCAGAAAUAUUUGAGGUGACUCCGUCGUUUCACAUGGUGGAGAUUAAGAAGUUGGGCGGAGACACCAUUGAAUAUGAGAAUUAUUUCGAUCAAGAACUGAAGCCUUCUUUAAAAGACAUAAUUUGGAAAAUGACAGGGUGA